CACCUGCUUAAACAGCUACAGGCUGCGCGCAGGUUUGAGGAAUAUAUUGCUAGUCGAUCUCUCUGCACGCGCAUCUCCAAUUGCCAAGCCCGUGCACUCAGUGGGAAUGGGUGAUUCACCGUACACUGCGCGCUGACCGGCUCCUGACCGGGGGCCCCGGGAAUCGCUAAGCUCGCCUAAUCACUUUCUCUCGUACCUUUCUGAAGAAGUAGUAUGGAGUUACGUCACAGCAGCGCGCAAAAGUGCAGUCCAAGCAAAUAAGACGCCGAGAAGCUAUUUGUAGGCAUUGCUGCCAAACCCGGGUAAGCUGCUCACUCUUCGGCAACCAGUGCUUUAAACCUGCUACAGCACUGGAAGCAGCAUGCAUGCUUUUUUUCGAUUUAUUCUGGAAUGAUUGUGUAUGGAGAACUUGACCAGGAUCCGUUGAUGACCGGCGGCCGGUGCGCGCAACAACGCAAUUAGAUCCAAUCCAAAACUUCACGUUAACAGACAGUCGAGCGCCCGAAGGAGCGCGACAUGAUGACGAUUCUGCAUGUUUUAGCAGAGGGAUUGUUACUUUUUAUCAUCACGUUUGAUUAGAUAUUUUUCGUCGUCUUCUUCUUUGUGAAAUCAGCAUGCCACACUCUCGCAACAGGAACCCAAGCCCGAUCCCAGAGGUGACAUGGGACACGGGCUUGAAAGAGAUGAACGAGACCUGGAAGGGGGCUAUUGCUUGCUUGGGAGUCGCUGUCUUUUUUGUCAUGACAAUUGGGAUCAUUUAUUGGCAAGUUGUGGAUCAGCCCAACAAGAACUGGGUCCUGAAGGGGAGCUUUAGUGGGCUGAUUUGGGAGAGACGGACGCAAACUCUCGUCAUACAGACACUGACUGAGGACAAGACGUUUGCGGAGAUAGACGUGGAGAACGCGGGGAACACCGAUGUUGAGGUUCCGUUCGUGAGGAACAUGUGCUGGCUUAACAAAACCGAGUUCUGCUACACUUGGGACUCGGUCGCAGAGGUGAAGAUCUCUCUGGAAACAUCAGAGGAGGACUCAGAGACCGAGUGUUACAGUGUCACCUGGACUCCAAUUCACUGUCAUGUGGACCUGAAGGAUUGUUUCUCCAUGGUGAAUAUUUCGUGGUACGGAGGUGCCAGCGUCCAUGCACCCAACUGGCCAAUAAACGAAGCCAACAUUUCCAUGCAGCCGUUCACAGUCAGCGACCUUAGGGACAACCCUUCUGGCUUCGGGUCAGUUUUAGAACGCUACUUCCUGGGGUCCUCAGGUGUGUCAGUUCUAGUGGCCCCGAACAUCCCGCUUCAUGUAGGAAUGGAGAGCAGACAGCAGUUCUGUUUGCAGACGCCGCCCAGUAUGGAGCGCAUGCCGCUGCAGUACACCGUGUGUGUCGGACACAACAUUCGAGCUGUCCAUCAGGAGUCAAUGCGGCAGCUCUCCACAGCCAGACGAGAGCUGCCAAACAUGGAUGUCUUACGGCUGCCUUUCUGGAAGCUUCUAGCGAACGUGGACUCGGGGGCCAAGCUAGAGCGAGAGCUGAGGACCUUCUCAAACCGGCUGAAACGGCAUCACCUCGGGGAGGGGGUCAUCAGCCUCGACGAACAUUCCACUGCUCUCCUCGCAAACAUGGACCACAGCUACCUCAAUAGCAAGAAAAGGACGUCUAAGAGACAGACGAGGGACCUCCCUUUUGUAAAGCUUCUGAACAUUUCCAUCACCCUGUCCCCGUACCUGAGUGUGGAGUCGCAGCAGUUUCAGACCUCCAUUCAGGAAGGCAUUGAAGACUUCUGGCUGAGUCUGCCCUCAGGACCACAGGGUCGAGCAGUGCCUCUGUUGACUCAGUGGAAAGGAAAAUACAGUGUGAAGCUCAACAUCAGCAACCCAAAAGCCACGAAUUGGUUUGUGGACAAAGUGGACAGUUUACAUAGCCAUUUGGGCAUGGAGUAUGUCAUCCUGGAAGGCGGUGAGGGGAACCCUUUCGAGGAACAGGCCCUGCGCCCCCCUCUGGCAUGGGUUGGGGAUGAAUACAUCAGACGUUUGGCUGACCUGGCAGAAAGGAUAGGGGAAAAUACCAUUGUGACCUCAGGAACAAGGUCCAGACACAAAGCGCUCUUCAUCCGUAUGAGUGCGCUGCAGUCAGACUGGAGUUACUCUGGCCUGAAGGGCAUCAUUCCAUCCCUGCUGCAUCACAGUCUUCUGGGAUAUAAUUUCUUCAUUCCUGAUGCAGUAGGAGGCUCUCUCUCUGCCGAACUGGUUGCCGAUGACGAGCUUUUCGUUCGCUGGCUGGCAAUCGCAGCUUUUCUUCCUGUCAUCAGCUUUCAGACACCUCCAUGGGUCUUUGAGAAGGAAUGGGUCCUAAACCUCACCAGAUUCUACAUAGCCAAGCACCAUGACUUUGUCAUUCCUUUGAUACUGAAAUACGCAGAGGAAUGGCAAGAUACUGGAAACCCCAUCUAUAGGCCACUGUGGUGGAUCAGUCCAAAUGACCCGAUCACGUUUACUAUUGAUGACGAGUUCCUCAUUGGAAAUGAGGUCCUUGUUGCGCCGGUAACUGAGAAAGGAGCUUUACAAAGAGACAUAUACCUCCCGGAGAGUGACUUUCAGUGGCAGAACACUAACAAUGCUCAAGUGUUUGAUGGAGGGACGUUUCUGGAAAGUUACCCGGUCGGCCUUGGUGACGUGGCGGUUUUUGUACAAUGGAGAUCAUGAGGCCUAUUUACCACUUUUUUC